AUGCUGGCUAGUGGACAGGUUUGUACAAGAAUAAAAUCAAAAUUAAUUUCUCCUACAAUGAAAAUCAUUGCAGAAGUGACAGGUUAAUUAUGUUGUGUUAUUCCUGUCCUCCUAGUCUCUACGUGUUGGGCUCCUGGAUGCUGAUGUUUAUGGUCCUUCAAUACCAAAGAUGAUGAACUUGAGUGGAGAGCCAGAGCUGACAAAACGUUAGUUGCAGUUCAAUGUUUAACAACCACUCAAUGCUUUGGUCCCAUAGCUUAUAAGUCUGACCAUCCUGGAUGAAUGUGUAUAUAAAUAUGGAUAAAUGUAGUAAAUCAUACAGUUAUAUUGUCUGAUCUUUUAGUUGAAUAUACAACUUGUUAGAUUAAUAUAAAUUCUGCCUCUACAAGUAAAAGACAUCUUUUAUUCUCUUGGUAGAAAAUCAGAUGAGGCCUUUGGUAAAUUUUGGUAUGCCUUGGUAAGGACAAUGCUCCUUUCUAAUCCAGUUACUUUAGGUAAACGAUCAGACAGAGUUAUAAUUUCUUUAACUUAAACCUAACUUAUCUGCUUAUUUUCUAUUCAACAUUUCAGUUCCACUAAACAUGACAUAAUUUAUUCAUUCUUUUUAUCCUAAACCACCAGCAACAUGCCUUAGUGGUUUUUGUUUUAUUAGAAUAUGGGCAAAUCUCCUUAUAUGUCUGAGUUAUUGAGGUAGAAACUAUAUCAAGGGGUUUGGUUUUUGGGCCACCAGAACUGUCUGUAAUUAAGAUGGAUUUUUGGAGAGAGGUUGGCUGUUUUAAUAUUCAGUAUAUUAUUCUCCAGGGAUGUCACUAAGAUUUCAAGUUGUCAGGUAAAGACAACAAGUAGGCAGGGAAUAAAACAGCUAAGGAUUUCUUUGGGUUCUAUUUUUCUUCUAUAGACCUUUGUCACAUGGCAGCCUUUUGUCUCAGAAGAUUUAAAAAGCUUUGUUUACGCAUAGGUAGCCUCGUUCUCUCUACAAGGCUAGCCAAGCAUAAUCUCCUCAGACAAAUUGGCCGCUGCGUGACAAAGGUCAAUUUUCCUAUGAAAGCAGCUGGGGCCAUGUUUGUGGUAGUAGCGGGGGGAAAUGCCCCGCCCCUGCCUCUUAAAUUUUAUGACGGCCCUGAUUCUCUUAUGACACUUUCCGUUAUUGUAGCAUUCUUAUCCAUAAUGUAAGUAUGGCAGUUUCAACACUAUUGUGUUGCAUUUGUGAAGUAGUGAAUUCAAAAUUUGGUUUUAUCAAUUAAGUUGAUAAAGUCAGUUUGCCUCCUUAAAAAGAAUCAAAAGUGGACGUUUAGAGUACUAGCCCUUGCAUCAAAGGGAAAUUGGAUUCACUCUGUUAAAGGGAUAGACAAGUUCUUAUAAAACUUCAGCUAGGCAAAUUUUCUUUCCUCCUUCUUUUAUAAAAAACAUUAUCCAGAUUUUUGUAUUUGUCCCACGUGUAGUUUACAAACCAGCAUCAAUAAAUACUGUAAAAAAGCCUUUCUUAAAAGUGUCUUUUUUGUUUUUGUUUGCUUCUUUUUUUUUAAGUAUGUCAAUGGGAUUUCUUGUGGAGGAAGGAGCUCCAAUUGUGUGGCGAGGACUCAUGGUAAGAUGAACCUUUAAAUGAUUGUGUUUUUUAUUCCGCUCAUGAAAUAAAGGAAAAUUUAAAUUUGCUUUUAGGGAUUACACAACAUUUGUUAUGACCUUACUUUGAUGGGUUCUGUUUCUCCUUGUUGUUUCUUGACCCCCUCAACAGGUCAUGUCUGCCGUUGAAAAGCUUUUACGACAGGUGGCCUGGGGAGAACUAGAUGUCUUGGUGAUUGACAUGCCACCAGGCACUGGAGACACGCAGCUGUCUAUCUCUCAACAGAUUCCUAUUUCAGGUCAGCCAGUUGUUUAAAGAAAUGUCACAGGAUUGGAUUUCCCCUCGAUAAUGCUUACUUGGAUACUCCAAUAGUAUUUAACAAAAAUGAUAAACAAUGUAAUUUAAACUAAAAAGGCUUAGUGUAAAGUAAUAUGAAGUUUCUGUGCAGGAUCAAAUUAAUUUCAUUGCUGUCUUUGUUUAUUUCAUUGUUAAAAUGAGGUACAAAUGGUUGUUGUGAGGGGACCAUAGAAACUAAAUGGAAAAAGGAUCAUCGCAGUUGAAGACACAACUUACGUGGAUACGAAAACAAAGCCUGAAAAAAAUUCAGGCCUGCUUUUUUUUCAGACUGUCUUUUCUCAUCUGCAUAGGUUACAUCUUCAUCCCACAGUUCAAAUACAUUAAAUUCAUACAUUCCUUAAACAGAGAAAAAGCACAAGAAAGCUUCUGCGAAAAUGGACAUUUUUUGCAUGUUAUUAUAUGAAAAUAAAGUGCAAAUCAGCAAAAAAUGUUCAGAAUUCUGUUAGUCUACUCAAACAAGUCAUGCAAAAUUCACUGCCUCUCAGGAUGAUUUUGUCCGGAGCUUUUCAAUAAUGUAUCAUGUCAUGCUGAAACUGAAGUAAAAGCUUUUUUGUUACCUUUAAAUUUGGUGUUGAACCUAAUAGUGAUGUUUUGAUGUCAGUGUAAUGUUUAUUCCUUUUUGAUAAUUAUAGGUGCUGUUAUAGUCACAACUCCUCAAGACAUUGCACUGCUUGAUGCUCGCAGGGGAGCUGAAAUGUUUAGGAAAGUUCAUGUGCCAGUAAGUUAAUGCUUUAUUGGGCACAAAAAAAAACACUUGGAGAAUAUUGUGUCCCCAAAUCUCAAGUUGUAAGCCCUUUCCAUUCCCCAAAAAUUAGCAGCCGAGUUAUAGUCAGCUUGAAGAUGCAACAGUUAAUAACAUGGCUUCUUCAUAGAUUCUUUCAGUGUUCUUCAUAUAGCAAGCAUUCAGCUCCCCCUCUCUUUGUUUCCUGUCUCCACUGGAGCUAAAAAGCUUUUAAUUACCUCCAGAUACAAUUACUGUUACAAAAUAACAGUACUGAUUAAAAAAGCGACUUUUUUUUAAACAUUCAACUACGAUGGGGUCAAUGUGUUGCAGGGUAAAUGAAAGACAAAUAAAGACAAGGGUAAAUAAUAAAAGAGGGUAAAUAAAAGACAUUUAUAGAAAAGGCACAAUACAAACAAUAAAUGUCAUUGUUGUUGUUAUUUAGCUUUGUAUCUGAAAAGAACAUUUCUCUACUUUUCUUCCUGAAGGUGCUUGGAUUGAUCCAAAACAUGAGCCAUUAUGUGUGCCCCAAGUGUCAACACAAAGCAUACAUAUUUGGACAAGAUGGAGCUCGCAAUGUUGCCAAAGAAAUGGACAUGGAGCUCUUAGGUAUGUUUAUACAUAAGCUUUGCUAAUGUUUUAUAUGGGAACAUGGUGGCUUAGCAGUUAACACCUCAAACUUUGAGCCUUUAGGUCCGGGUUCAAGUCCUGUUAUUGACUGAUGUUCCAAUUUGGUGCUUCAUGCUACAGAAACUGGGUUAAGCUCUAGCCUUAUGAGUCUGAUGGCUCUUGGGUGCUUUUACCUGCCUUGGUGGUAGUUUAUAUUACCACAAUGACUUAAUUAUCUGAAAAUAAAUGAAAUUCAAUAACUAAACUAAAACAGGAAUAAAAUAUAAAUCUAUAUCUGGUGCAACCAGUUUUCCCAAGAAGAAUGAUGAACAAAUGAGAAAGGAAUGUUGAUUGUAAAAAUCUCAAAUGCUUCCAGAGCCUUAUCGGUAAGAACAUGCGUACCAAAACCAAAAAAUGAUACCCUCUUUCCAAAUACAAAAUUUCACGUCUGACAUCAGCUUUGAAUGGUUACUUGAAUUUCUAUUAAGAAUGUUUUUUUUGUGCAAAACUCAAUUCACAUUGAAGAGGCAAGUAUCACAAGGCUGUCAAACAUGUGUCAAACAGAACCUAUAAAUUUCACCGUAUGUUCUGUGUUGCUUUAUGUUUUUGUAGGUGACAUUCCUCUCCAUAUUGACAUAAGAGAAACAGCAGAUUCAGGAAAACCCAUUGUAGUUUCUCAGCCAGACUGUCUGCAGGUACAGUGUACUACACCUGACAUUGUUCUAAAACAGCACCAAGCAAAUUUAACUUGGACAUUAAAGAAAGAAACAAGACUAAAGAAACAUAGGAUUAAAGAAACAUAACCAACAAAUUUAUUCUCCAUUGUCUUUUCUGAAACAGAGUAAAGCUUAUAAGACCAUUGCAAGUCGCAUCUUGGAAAAGCUUCCCCUGUAA